AUGGAGGCAUGGAGAUGCAUGUAUUUGUUUAUGGUGGUCAUGGUCAUGGUCAUGGGGAGAGGGGAAGGGCAACUAUUUGAGAAUUUCUACCGUUCUAGUUGUCCUAAUGUAGAAACCAUCGUGAAGCAGGUUGUAUCCACAAAGGUCAGCCAGACUUUUACCACAAUUCCAGCCACGCUUCGUCUAUUUUUCCACGAUUGCUUUGUUGAGGGAUGUGACGCCUCAAUUUUGAUUGCAUCACCAAAUGGAGACGCAGAGAAGAAUGCUCAAGAUAAUCUUUCGCUUGCUGGAGAUGGCUUCGACACUGUAAUUAAGGCAAAGCAAGCAGUAGAAGCAGCAUGCCCAGGCAUAGUAUCAUGUGCAGACAUCUUGGCUAUUGCUACCAGAGAUGUUGUAGUGCUGGCUGGAGGCCCUUCUUUCAGCGUAGAACUGGGACGGCGUGAUGGACUUAUCUCCCAGGCAUCUCGUGUCACAGGAAAUCUUCCGGAACCCUUCUUCAAUCUUAAUCAACUCAACUCCAUCUUUGCCAAGAAUAACCUGAGUCAAUUUGAUAUGAUUGCUCUGUCUGGGGCUCACACUAUAGGCUUCUCCCACUGCAACCGCUUUGCAAACCGCCUCUACUCAUUCUCCCCAUCCUCUCCAGUAGAUCCCUCACUAGAUCCUAACUAUGCUCAGCAGCUGAUGCAAGCCUGCCCCCAGAAUGUAGAUCCCAGCAUAGCCAUCACUAUGGAUCCCGUAACCCCACAAGCUUUCGAUAAUGUGUAUUACCAGAAUCUGGUUGCAGGCAAGGGUUUGUUCACUUCAGAUGAGGUGCUUUUCACUGACCCAGCAUCUCAGCCCACUGUCAAUGAUUUUGCCAGUAACCCAAGUGACUUUAAUGGAGCCUUUAUCACGGCAAUGAGGAAGCUAGGUAGGGUUGGAAUCAAAAUUGGUAACCUAGGAGAGAUAAGGCAUGACUGCACAAGCUUCAACACAUGAUGACAAAUAUUCGGCAUCACAAUA